CUUCUCCUUCCAUUCUCCGCAGUGCCACCCCCCCGCCCUUCCUCCCUCCGCGCACGACUUGACCACGAGCAGAACGACUACCACGAGGAAUACGAGCAGCGGAUGGCGACCCGCACGCACACGCGGACACACCACCCGAUGGGCCACCCGCAGCGGAACGCGACAAGGACGACGGUGUCGUCGUCGGUGACGAGCAUGGACGAUGCGAGCUUUGAAGAGUUCAAGGCCGCGCAGGACCGGCGGUUCGCGGCGCUGCAGCAUGGCGAUAGAGGGAUGGCGGCGUUCAAGGCAGCGCAGAUGGAUGGGUUCCAACAGCAGCACCAGCAGCCCAGGGCAAGGUCCCCGCCCGUGAAAGAGAAGCAAAAACAAAAGCAAGUACAAGAGGAGGAGGAGACCAUGAUGGCGAUGCCCGAGCCCGAGACGGCGCUCACCAUCCCCGACAACCGCCGACACCGGCUGUCUCGGACCGCCUCGAGCCUGAGGGCAUCGACUGUGCUGACACAGCAGACAGCGGACGCGCGGGCGCAGCUGAGCCUGCUGGAGCUGCAGAUGCGGCAGGCAGAGCUCGAAAUCGAGCGCGCGCGCGACGUCGUCAAGGGCCUCGAGGCGCAGCGUGACGACGCGGAAAGGGCGGCGAGUCACGCGAAGAAGGUUGCAAGACGCCUGCAUGCGGAGAAUUUGGCACUCGUCGCGAAGGAGCAGGGACGCAAGGAGGGGUACGAGACGGGGUUUGGGCAUGGCCGGGUCGUGGCGAUGGCGAAAGUAGAGAAGGAGAGGGAAAAGAGAAGGGUCGCUAAAGAGAGGGAGGAGCAGAGGAAAAGGGCGGAACAGGAGGAGGCAGCGAGGAGAAGACAGAUUGAGGCUCCUCCACCACCACCGCCGCCACCAGCACCAGCACCAGCGCCAACACCACCAGCCCAAGUUGAAGAAGAAGAGGAACAACCAGAAGAAAUCGUGCCACAACAACAACCCAUCCGUCGUUCAUCUCUUCGCACCCAGCCACUUGAACGCUCUCGCAGCGUAUCAACCCCCAACCCAAACUCUGAUCCCGAUCCCACCCAAAGAACCCGUGCCACAAGUCUCCGGCGUGUCUCCAUCGUCGCUGACUCACCCGCUGUCGGCCGCGCAGCCUCCAUGCGCUCCGCCGCCGGCCCGAUCAACCCGUCCUCCUACUCCCUCCGCUCCGCCGGCACCCGCCACAGCGCAGCCGGCUCCGUGCUCACCUCGCUCGACUCGCUCGGCCUCGGCACGCCCCGCGCGAUGCCCGUGACCGCGCUGAUGCCACAGCCCCCGCUCGGCUGGGCGUACUACGAGGACGACACGAGCGUGACCAGCUCGCAGGUGCACGUGCCCAUGCGGCCUCCGCCGCACCGGUCCUCCGUCCCGAUGCCGGUCCCGAUCACGAUACCGGCGACAACAGUUCCGGUGGCGGAGGAGCGCAACCGCACGCCGACGAGCGUGGCCUCGAGCGUGUCCGCGAGCCUGCGCAACCUGAACUUGACGUCGUUCCCCGCGCCGGGCCGAGAGCGGGAGCUGAGCGUGAUCAUGGAGACCGCGCAUGAGGGGAGCAGCCGCUCGCCGAGCGCGGCGGGGAGCACGUGGGCGUCGCCGUAUGCGGACCCGCAAGGCGGCGAGAUGGAGCAGUGGAGACGGAGCAGCGAGGUGGUUGUGCCCCAGGUGCAAGUACAAGAGCCGCAACAGCAACACUGGGCGGAGAUGCCUGUCCCCGAGCCUGCGAUCCCGAUCCCCGCGCCGGUCGUCCCUCCACCGCAACAGCAACAACAAGCGUCGCUCAGCCCGUAUGCGAUACCGCCACCACGGCCCGGCGCGUACGUCCCCGGCAUGAUGACCCAGGGCGGGAAUCCGAGCCAGGACACGCUGUUGAGAAGGUCCUCGAGCGGGAGCACGGUGAAUAUUACGGUGGUGCCGCCGUCCCGGCCGACCUCCACCGGCCAACAAGCUCAAGCACAACCCCAACAACAACAUUACGCCCCUGCGCACCCACAGCACCAUCCCCAGCACCCUGAAGACGACUCAGACUCGGACACGUCGGACGAAUCGGACGACAUACGCCCGCCCAUCGGGUUCGGGCCCGGCGCGAGCCCGCUGCCCGCGUUCGCAAGGGGUGUCCCAAGCGGGUUCGUCCCUGGGGCUGGCCCGGGCGGAGGAGCGGGAGUUGGCGCGCGUCCACCGAGCAGACAGGGCGCCGCGCUCUAUGCCCCCGCGCCUGCUUCGUCUCUUGGUCCGGGCGGGUUCACGGUCGAGUCGGGCCGGCCCGCGAGCCGCCAGGGUCACGUGCCGCAACAGCAGAGACAGGUGCCGCUGUUGGGCACCCAGGGGAGCUUUGGCGGGUUCGACGUAGAGCCUGCACGGCCCGCAAGCCGGAAUGGCAACCCCGCGCCAACUGCGGUCCCGGGGAGCUGGUCGAUGGGUCCGCAGUUUGGGUUUGGCCAGCAGCAGCGACAACAACCACUGGCAGAGGCCCAGCCUCAGACAGGCUCGUGGAACAUGGGCCCACAGUUUGGCUUCGGCCAGCAGCAGCAGCAGCAGCCCGUCGCCCCGCAGCCCCAACCGUUCAUCCCGAGCGCCGCGGACCUUGCCCGCUCGACUACCCCCCGGCCGGGGAUUUACGCUGGCGCCUCGCCGUCCACGGGGGCCGCGCCGCUGCCCGUCCCCGCGCCAAUGCCCGGGUCCUUCUACGCCGGUGUCGCGGGCUCGACGGGGUCAAGCACCGCCUCGGCGCACCGCCGCCGCGCGAGCGUGGGCGUCACCCCCGGCCCGGCGCGCCCGCUCUCCCGCGCAUCAUCUUCUGCCCCAAGCGCGAUGCGGAAGAAGGGCAACCAUACCCCGCACCCGAGCGUGGGAAGCAUCAACCUCGGGCGGGCGAACCCGUACACGGACCCAGAUGACGACGAAGAGGAUGAGGCCGGGCCGUCUAGCUAUGGCCGCGGCGGGCCAGUGGGGAUGGCAGUGGCGGGAAGCGACGGCGGGAGCGAGGUGAGCUCGCUGGGGAUGGCGGAGCUCACGAUGCAGAACACGUUCCAGAACGCCGCGCGCGCUGGCGGCCGUGAGCCGGCGAUGAGGAGGCAGAGCGGGAGCGCGAGCGUCAGCCAGCGCACGAGUAUUGGCACGAGCUACAGCGCGAGCACUGGCCGCGGCGGCGUCGUCCCGCCCUCGCCCGCCCAUUCGUACCGCCCCAUGCGGUGA